AAAACACGCCCCCCGAUGAAGGUGUCACAGGGUUUAGACACCAAGCAACAACCCCAACCCCCCACCACCAACCCCUCCUCGUAUCUUUUACACAAAAUUCAAGCUUCGUUAAGCUCGCCUCCAGGUGGCGCAAGAGUUCCAGCAAAGCGGCCGAAGGCUGGCUUCAUAACGAACGUGCACGUUGAGCUUUCCUGUCGCUUUGAAUCGUACAUCCAUCGUUUUGUGCAGCGGGUAAAGGAGUUGAGGAGGGGGUUUGGUCAGUCACUCGCCUCAUUGCCCGGCGGCCCUUCUACCGAGCUCGAGGCUUUUUUAUACGUACCGAAGACUUCGUUCGCACCCAGGACCAAGUGCUCAGAGCCGACAGUCUGCAGCCUGUGCUUGUGUUUGUGCAGUGAGGAAGACAAGAUGAAGCCAGCUCUUCUUAUCAUCGUUGGAUUUCUCGGGUGUUGUUCAUCAGUUCCAGUUUUCCCAGAAAAGGAAAAAGAUCCCAAGUACUGGCACGACUUUGCUCAGAAAACACUUAAGAAAGCUCUGACCUUGCAAAAACUCAACACCAACACUGCAAAAAAUAUCAUCCUGUUCCUUGGAGAUGGCAUGGGAGUUCCAACGGUGACUGCAGCUCGUAUUCUAAAAGGACAGAUGAAUGGGGCCAGUGGAGAAGAGUCAGAGCUGGAGAUGGACAAGUUUCCCUUUGUUGCACUGUCUAAGACCUACAACACAAACGCUCAAGUGCCUGAUAGUGCGGGCACUGCCACUGCCUACCUGUGCGGAGUGAAGGCCAACGAGGGGACGGUGGGUGUGAGUGCUGCUGCUGUACGUUCCAAGUGCAACACCACAAGUGGGAAUGAAGUGACAUCUAUCCUGAAGUGGGCCAAAGACGAAGGCAAGUCAGUUGGAAUUGUUACCACCACACGAGUGAACCACGCCACCCCAAGUGCUGCCUAUGCCCACUGUGUUGAUCGGGAUUGGUUCUCUGAUGGUGAGAUGCCCAUGGAAGCCAUUCAGUCAGGCUGCAAGGAUAUUGCCCAGCAGCUCAUUACCAACAUUCCUGAUAUCAAUGUAAUUUUGGGAGGAGGCCGCAAAUACAUGUACCCCAAAAACACUCCUGAUAUGGAAUAUCCUAAUGAACCGAAGCACAAUGGCACCCGGCGUGAUGGGCGCAAGCUUGUUGAAGAAUGGAAACAAGGAAAAAAGAAAGCUCACUAUGUGUGGAACAAAGCUCAGCUGCUGAACCUGGACACCAACCAAGUUGACUACUUAUUAGGCUUAUUUGAGCCAUCUGACAUGACAUAUGAAUUAGAAAGAAACGUGAAAAUGGAUCCUUCUCUCAGUGAGAUGGUGGAGGUUGCGAUCCAUAUUUUAAAGAGGAACCCGAAAGGAUUCUUCCUGCUUGUAGAAGGUGGACGCAUCGAUCAUGGCCACCAUGAAGGCAAAGCAAAGCAGGCGUUGCAUGAAACAGUACAGAUGGACAUAGCAAUUGGUAAAGCUGUAGCUUUGACGAAUGAGUACAACACUCUCACUGUUGUGACCGCCGACCACUCUCAUGUUUUUUCCUUUGGUGGCUACACACACCGUGGAAAUUCUAUUUUUGGUCUUGCACCAAUGGUUAGCGAUGUGGACAACAAACCAUUUACUUCCAUCCUGUAUGGAAACGGUCCAGGGUACAAGUUGGUGAAAGGCGAGCGAGAGAACGUUUCUACUUCUGACUACAACCACAACAAUUACCUGGCUCAGUCUGCUGUGCCCCUACGCCUAGAAACUCAUGGAGGUGAGGAUGUGGCGGUUUUUGCCAAAGGUCCCAUGGCUCAUCUGUUUCAUGGUGUACAUGAGCAGAACUACAUCCCACAUGUCAUGGCUUACGCUUCCUGUAUUGGGCAGAACAAGGACCACUGCAAGAAAGGCAGCCACGAUGACAGUGGGAUUUCCUGCAGAGCUCCUUCUCGUGCUUCACCACUGAUUGGAAUACUUGGCCUCCUCAGUCUCAUCCAAUUGGUGUGUUGAUUCUGGUCUAUCAUGCCAGUAUAGUGGUUGGCACACCCCUGGGCUGGCAUUUGUGUCCAGGCAAAAACUUUCAGGUUGAAUUGAUAAGAGCAAAAACUGUUUGACUGACAAUCACCACACAUAAAAGUGAGAUUGGCUGUAAUUUUGGGCCAGAAGACCGGGUCCACAGUCAAUGGACUAACUUGAGUGUUCUGCAUUGACAGGGAUGAGAGAGGGUGGUUGGGACUUAUUUGUUAAAACUGGGUAAAUGCUUACAUACAACAAGUUAAUGGUGCUGGGGACAUGGCAGUGCAGUCACAUGUUCUUUCUCAGGUUGAAUUUUUUAGUCUGCUCAUAGGUCACAGGGAGUGGAGAAGAGCAGCGGGAGUCAAAUUGUGAGGCGAGCAACAACCCCCAG